UUUGGAGCACAUUCUUAUUUGCUUUAUUCUGGCCAAUUAUUGAGCACUUUUUCAAUAUGAACGUCUUGACCUCUACGGACUUGAGCGCCGAUGGCGCGCCGCUGCUGCGUACUGGAGCGGGCGACGAUGAGGAGUUCCUGUUGGCCAGCUUCACUAACGUGGAGAUUCACGCUUCAGCUAGUGACAUGGGCGAGGACGACGACGGAGAGACGCAAACGCUGGCACACAGCGGAUCUGUCGGUGCGCUGUUUGUGACCACAAGCCGCGUGAUCUGGUUGGGCGCGGCGGUGGGUACGCACGUGGGCUAUGCGUGGGAGAUGAGCUCGGUUACAUUGCACGCCAUCUCUAGAGACCCUGCCGCCUUCCCGAAGCCCUGUUUGUACUGCCAGAUCAGCAACCAGGACGUGUCGGAAGUGCGCUUCGUACCUACCGACGACAAGACUCUGCAAGAGGUGUUUGAUGCCUUCAGCAAGUCGGCGGAGAUGAAUCCGGAUGACGACGAGGAAGACGACGAUGGCUGGAUCUGUGACGAGGACGAGGUGGCUGAUGGGGCUCGAGCAGCUCAACUGGCUGCGCACUUCGACUCGAUGUUGCAGGUGUCCCCAGGACUGGAAACCAGUGCAACGGAAGCAGGACAGUUUGACGACGCAGAUGAGGACAAUCUACUCUAAGUAGAUAACGAGUGUAGUGAUAGGAUUCUUUUGUCGGACUGAUGCGGUUUAGACUAUGACGACAAUACACGAACAGGUUGUUUCGAUUGCCACUGUUUUUCUUUGAUUUUUUAGAUCGCCGGGCAAAAUAUCCGUCAGUCCGCAGUUCUUGUGAAUUUUUGCUGCUAGC